AUGUAAUAAUAAUCUAUUCACUAAUAAAAAAUAGUCGAAUAUACUAAUCAAGGUACAACUUCAUUUACAAUUUAGGUGAAUAUGUUUAAUUGGAAGAUUAUAUACGUGUAAAUUAAACAGCAUAAAUGAAUUUUUCAUAAGCCUUAGUUGAAUGCAUCUAAUAUACAAGAGAUAGUGAAGAACACUUAUAAUGCAUUUAAUAAAUUCUAAAGUAAAUCAUUACCAAAAAUAUCAAGAUAAUAAAUUGAUUUUAAUUAUAAGGAUAAUUAAGGAAAUACUGCUUUGAUCUAAGCAGCAAAAAGCGGCAAAAUUAGUAUAUUGAAUGAGAUCAUUAAAUAUAAAGAAAAGUUUGACAAAAAGUAAUUUAAAUUAGCACUUGAUAUUGCAAUACAAUCAGAAUAAGAUAAUUGGGAUAUUGUAGAAACAUUGCUUUAAUUAACAUAACUUGAAAAACCUUAACAUUUAAUCAAAUCUAUGCGUAAAGGCAAUUUUAAAACUGCAUAAAAGAUUAUUGAAUAAUAUGGUGCUUCUGGAUAAGAUGAAAAUGGAGAUACAGCAUUACAUAUAGCUUCUAGAUUGGGCAAUCUAUAAAUUAUAAAAAGUAUAUGUCAAAAGGAAAAUCUAUAUAAAAAAAAAAAUUAAUUACAUUAAACACCAUUAGAUGUUGCUUGCAAUCAAGAAACAAGAAAUUAACUUAUAGAAGAAGAAAUUCAAUUUCAAAAAUCGCCCAAUAGAAAAAGAAAAUAAGAAGAUUUUAAUGAAAAUAAUUAAAUUUCAUAGAAAUCAUCUAAUAAAUAUGAAGAUUUUAAUGAAAUAUUUUAGAAACCAAUAAAAGUAUUAAAUGAUUAAGCAAUUUAAACUGAAAAUAAAGAAAAAAAAGAUUAAGAAUCAUAAAUUCCAGAAAAUAAUUAUAUUAAUCAACCAUUUUAUGAUUAAUUGAUCUCUGAAUCACUUAUCACACUACCUCAUCAUAGAACUAGUUUAGAUGACAUUGUUAAGUAAAUUAUAAUAUCUAUAUAAUUAGAUAAUUAUCAUUUGAAAUUAAUACAUUCUCUUAAGAAUUAAAUAAAUUAUUGGAAGAAUAAAGACCAAUUAUUGAUAAAAUAGUUUAAAUGGUUGAUGAAGUAUAAUAGAUUAUAUUAUAAUAGACUGUUCAAUCAGUAUGUUCUAAAUCUCGUGCAUUUUUAUAUGGUUCUUGUUAAACUGGUUUAAAUUUAUUAGAUUCUGAUAUUGAUAUAGUAAUUGAAACAAAUGAAUAAGAAAAGAUUUCAUUAUAUAAGAUUGCUGAAUAAUUUAAAGUAUUAUGGUAUAUAGUUUUAGAUACAAGGCUUUAUUAAGGAUGUCAAAGUUAUUGAUAAUGCUAGAAAACCUGUUUUGAAAAUGUAAUGUUCAUAAGAAUUUUAAAAUAAACUUAUUGAUAUUACCAUUAGUAAAAAUGAUCAUUCUGGUAGAAAGACUGCUAAUUCAAUGAUUGAAUUUUAGAAAGAAUUUAAAUAAUUUAAAAGUCUAGCAUUAAUUUUGAAGUUUUACUUUAAAUCUAUUAAUCUAUUAAAUUCCUAUCAAGUAUAUCAAUAAUAUGUAAUAAGGGUGGUUUGAAUAGCUAUAGCAUUCUGACUAUGAUUUUAGCUUUAUUACAAAUUAAACGUGUACGUGAUAUCGAAAAUGAAGAAAUUGGUAAGACUUUUUUGGACUUUUUCGAUCUUUAUAGUUAAGAUAUCGAUUAUUUUAAUAAAAUUAUAAAUAUUGUUCCAUCCCAAACAGAGAAUAUGUAAGUUGAUGAACCUAAUAUUUACUAAUAACAAUUUCCUUAAUUGUAAAGAUUCAUCUAAUUUUAGUGAUCAAGGAUAAUAAGAAUUAGUUAUAUUGGAUUUACAUAAUAAAGGCAAUAACAUUGCUAGUAGCACUUUUAAAAUCAAGCAUAUUAAAGUAAUUAUUAUUAAUAUUUUAAUUUAAGAAUGCUUUGUCACUUGCUUAUAGUACUAUAUUGAAUUCUCAAAAAUGUGAAGAACCAUGCUUUUUCUCUAGAUACAAUAAACCUGUUUGUUGUAUUCUAAAAUAAAUAAUCUAAUAAUCAAAGAAUCAUCAUUUGACAGGAGUAUAUAAAUAAAAAUAGCCAUUUUAUUUCUUUAAUUUUAAUAAUACUUAUUGA